CUGGCGAGAGGCCGCGCGGAUCCGCCUCCUCCGCGAACGCAGCGACGCGAACGCAAACAUCGGCCUCGGGUUCGGCGCCUGGGACUCGGGCUGAUAAGGCUGCGGUGGGCGCUCUCCUGUAAUGUCAUGCUUGUGGAUAAUACCCCUUGUUAAUCGGCCGCCGCGCCCUCGGAACCCCGGCCAAGGGCAAAUUUAGAUCAUUAUGGCAGAACACCAGGAACACAGCAAGAUUUAUCAAUAUGUAAAAGUUCUCAUAUAUACUGCAUCACUGAUCAAGAUUAUAAGGCCACACAUAUCAGACCCAAUUACUUAUGCUGUCAAGAAAACCACAAGGGGGAAACUCAGGUUAAAUGUCCAGAGAAUUUCUCUCAAGAAGCUGAAUACUCUUCUCACUUCAUUACCAGGAUUUGAACCUGACCUAAAUGCUGAUGUCUUCAUUAGUGAAAGAAAGGCCAUUUAUUAUGGAAUUCAAAAUGGAGAAUGGUAUCAUGUGUUCUUUUUUAGUAGUCUGUGUAUGAAAACACCAAACAUGCAGGUAAUAAAGAGAAGAUGGAUUAGAGUUCAUAUACAUUCUGAUAUAGAUGACAAUCAUUGUUUGCUUUCUCCAAUAUUAUUUCAUAACUUACAGAAUGGCAAUCAUAACCAGGUAUGGAAUUUGGAAUUUGAUGAUAGUAUAAGCAGCAUUCUGUUUUCUGAUCAUGUGAAGAGAGUUUUGACACUGUGGAAAGAAGCAUGUGCUGUAAGAGAAAAGUGAAAAGGUAACCAUGGUACAGAGUUCACCAGCAACUGCAACAGAAGUGCAUGUGCAAAUUGUUGAAUCACCAGACUAUAAAUGUGGAAGUGAGCUGGAAGUACUAUUAUCUGAUGCUUUCAAAUCCCCCAAAUUAGCAGCUGUUGAAGACAUAUUAGGUCUUCCAGUACCAAAUCACUUGGGGUAUGAAUUUAGUACAGGCACUUCAGUAAUACCCCCAAAGUAUAUCUUCAUCAGAAUAUCAGUUCUUCAAAAAGAUCAUGGUAGUAAAACCAAGGAAUCAUUAUUGAUUUCUACAGAAACUGCAAACCUUUAUUUAGUUGGUACAACCCAUUGUUAUCUUCCACCACUUUGUAAAAGUUUUGAUAAAUGUGGCACAGUUGAUGUUCCUCCAGUUUUAAAAAGGACCUUCAGCAAUGUAACCAAUAUUCUGCAAAGUGAACUGAGAGAAAGGAAGCAAGAAGUGUUCUCAGGAGAGAGGGAUCUUAGUGAGAAUGUGAAGAAAAAGAAGUCAAGAAUACAGAAGGAUUCUUUUGGAAAUUUGGAGAGAGAGCACAGAGCAGGUGGUGCAAAUAUACUUAUGUUAGGAGCCACAGGCAGCGGAAGUGAACAGAUUAUAGAGCUGUCAGCAUCCUCAUUGAACCUUAGUGUUGUAUGGGCAGACUGCUGGCACUUGAAAGGAGACACAAGUGGUGGCACUGAGGCAAGGUUGCGUCAAAUCUUUUCAAAGGGAGCAGGACAAGCUCCAUGUGUUCUUGCCCUCACCAGUGUUCAUGCUAUUUCAAAGGAUCGUGAUGGAGGUGAAGAUGCUCGUGUGGUGGCAGCCCUGAAGGAAGAGGUUGCCAAAUUACCAGAUUUGCAGCCACCUGUAUUCCUGAUAGGCACAGCACCACACCGGACGCAGGUUUCUGAGGACCUUUGGAGCAUAUGGAGCCAUCAAGAAUGCAUAGAUAUACCUGAAUUAGGGGAGCGUAGACAGAUGCUAGAGUGGCUUCUUUCCAAAAGGCUGCAGCAGCACCAGUUUCUGACUUUGGCUCAACGCACUGCAGGUUUUGUGUUUGGAGACUUGCAGGCUCUUCUUUGUGCUGCUCAGAGGUACUGUGUGGAUCGCAUAGAAACCUCUGAGGACAAAUUAACUACACAAGAAAAAAAAGAGAAUGAUGCUGAAAGAUGCUCCACUCUGACGUAUGGUGAUGUUAUGAAGGCUCUUGAUGAAUUGCAGUCGAGUCGCAGUGAAGCAUUAGGUGCUCCACGUAUUCCACAAGUGAAGUGGAAUGAAGUGGGUGGAUUAGAAGAGGCAAAGCGGCAAGUUAUCAAUACUAUCCAGUUGCCUCUGCGUCAUCCAUCUUUGGUGUCAAAUAAGCUUCGCCGUUCUGGAGUGUUGCUGUAUGGACCACCAGGCACUGGCAAAACUCUCCUUGCUAAGGCAGUUGCUACAGAAUGUGGUUUAAACUUCCUUUCUGUGAAAGGACCAGAACUGCUUAACAUGUAUGUUGGCCAGAGUGAGGAAAACGUACGCCAAGUUUUCAGUAAAGCUCGUGCUGCAGCCCCAUGCAUUGUAUUCUUUGAUGAGCUGGACUCCUUGGCUCCGAAUCGUGGCCGCUCAGGAGAUUCUGGUGGAGUCAUGGACAGAAUAGUAUCAGCUUUAUUGGCAGAGUUGGAUGGAGUGUCAAGCUCAGCAGAUGUUUUUGUGUUAGCAGCAACAAAUCGCCCAGACCUGAUUGAUCCUGCUCUCCUCAGACCUGGCAGGUUUGAGAAACUUGUGUUUCUUGGUGUUUGUGAGGACCGAGCUGGGCAGAUCAAGGUUUUGCAAGCAGUGACAUCAAAGAUUCCGCUGGGAGCUGAUGUCUCCCUGGAGCAAGUUGCAGAGUUGCUGCCAUUAACCCUGACUGGAGCUGAUCUCUAUGCCUUGUGCGCCGAUGCUCUCUACAAUGCACUUCACCGCAUUACAUGCAAGAUUGCAGCAGGAGAAAUUAAUAAAGAUGAGGCAAGUGUUAGUGUGGUGGAAGAAGACUUGUCUUUGGCUGCCAGCCACUUGAUUCCCUCUGUCACGCCAUCAGAACUAGCACACUACAAGGCUCUCAGCACCACCAAGCAGAGAUAAUGGUUGUUUAUCUCAUUAUGUUGUGCAAUGUAUAUAAGGUUGGGAUUUUUAUGGUAAUUUCUUUGAUAAGCUACAAAGAAGAAUAUGUAAAUACAAUUUAUGAAAAAGAAAAAAAAUAAUAUAAUUAGAGUUAUACACUGUACCAUACCAGUAACAGUUGAAUUGGUUUUAUUUCAUUUUUUAAGGCAUGAAUAUUAAUAUUUAUAAAUUAUAUUGAUAUUAAACUUUCAUGAAUUGUAGAAGACUUUUUUUUAAUUUAAUCUGCUCUGAUUAAAUAUUUCAUUGUUAUUUUUAAAUGUUACUGUGCUUCAUUGUAUGAAAAUAAUAUGUCCAUUGUAAAUCCUGGUUUAUAGUGGUAUUACAAUUCUAAAGCUUGUUGGGAAAGCUUUAAUUUCAACUUGCUGUGCUGUGAGUAAUGAGGAAUGAAUUAUAUAUUUUUCCUGUACAUAUUUUCCCCAUCAUUGAACUGUAAACUGUUAGUUAACUAAUAAAGAAGUAAGCAAAUACAUAUA